AUUGUAACCGCGAGGCGCACCGAAGUCGCGUGCACUACCCACUCGUAGGUCGGGGCGGCGCCCGCCGCCCGGACCGUUCUAUAAUGUGCCGCGACGCCGCGACAACGACUUCACUCUUGUCCUGCUUAUUCUACUCCUGUCAACGUUACGCGUCGGCACAGUGAGACAAGGUGGCGAGGUUUGAAUCACGUGUUAAUCCUACUGAUAUACCUAUGGCGACCAUGAGCAACAGUAAUGGAUCAACAAUGCAGAUUAAUACUCGGCCUGAUGAUAUUCGAAAACGGAUUAUUGGAUCGGAUGAUAGUGCACAAGGAGAUGCGACAACAUGCGGGAAUAUUUUGGUGAUAUUAUCGUGGAUUGUUGUAAUAUUGACAAUGCCGUUCUCUCUCUUUGUUUGUUUCAAGGUUGUACAGGAGUAUGAAAGAGCUGUCAUAUUUCGAUUAGGACGUCUUCUAUCAGGUGGUGCUAAAGGUCCCGGAAUCUUUUUCAUCCUGCCCUGCGUGGACAAUUACGCCCGCGUUGAUUUGCGAACGCGGACAUACGACGUACCCCCGCAAGAGGUUUUGACAAAGGAUAGCGUUACGGUAUCUGUUGAUGCAGUAGUUUAUUACCGUGUUAAUAACGCGACCAUUUCGAUUGCAAAUGUGGAGAAUGCGCAUCAUAGUACGAGGUUACUGGCUCAAACGACCUUAAGGAAUACGAUGGGAACGCGACCACUUCAUGAAAUAUUGAGUGAGCGGGAAACAAUUUCCGGAAACAUGCAGGUAUAAGAAAAAAGGCACAAUUAUGCACGCUAUGUAUACUAAGGAAAAAAAAUGUAUUAACCAUUUUAAAAAAGAAAAAUAUAUAUACCAACUUCAUAAAAAAGUAUCGAAUUACAUCCUUCUUCUAAAAAAACGGAUACGA